GUCCCCAUGGCCCGGCCCGCGACGCUGGCGGCUGCCACCCUGGCGCUGUGCCUGCUGCUGGCGCCGCCCGGCCGCGCGUGGUACAAGCAGGCGGCCGGACCCAGCUACUACUCGGUGGGCCGGGCCGCGGGGCUGCUGUCCGGCUUCCGCAGGUCCCCGUACGCGCGGCGCUCCGAGCCCUCCGUCGGGGGGACACCCCUGGCCGCUGCCGCCACCGUCCCGGAGCUGCGCCCCAGCCUGCGGAGCCUCGCCGUGUGUGUCAAGGACGUCACCCCAAACUUGCGGAGCUGCGAGCGACUCCCCGACGGCCGCGGGACCUUCCAGUGCAAGGCGGACGUCUUCCUGUCGCUGCGCGCAGCCGACUGCCGCGGGGCCUGAGCCC